AUGGAUCCAGACCAGCAAGAGGCUCUGAGUGACAUCCAGAAUUCUGUUUAUAGAACAGCCCUGAAACUACGCUCAGUACAAACUCUCUGCCAAUUGGACUUGACUGAUGUCUCCCUGAUUCAGCACAUCCUUCCAUGUCACCAGUGCCAGAAGGAGAAGUCUCUGAAAAUACAGCAGCUCUGCUCAUUGCUGAAAGAGCUGUUUCAGAGUGCCAGGUUAGACAAACCAGGCCAAGUAGAUCCAAAAGCCCCUGAUUUGACUCUAAGGCUGCUAACUACCAUGUAUGACAGAUCUGAAACAGGUGUUAUCAAAGCCAGAUCUGCUGCAGGGGCCCUAAUUGCUCUCUCAGGAGACAGUCUGCUUACAAAAUACAGAGCUUUCUUUCAGUUUUAUGCUGACAAAGAUCAGGAGGAGGCCUCGAUGAGUCGGAGUGCCCUGAGAAGUCUACUAACAGACUUACAUGAGAUUCCAGCCAUCGUGGGGGAAAGCUGUGCUUCAUCCUGUGUGGAAAUAGCUAUUCGCAGCUGUUUCCAUGGGGUUCUGAACUCAGCAGUUGCUGAAGAGAAAUUUCUAUCUUGGCUAAGAACUGAACCCGCCCUUCUCCUGUGGCUUCCUACUUGUCAUAAAUUAUCAGCCACUAAAAUGGUCACUCACAAUGUUAGAUGUAGAGUCUGCAAGAAUUUUCCCAUCACUGGAUUAAGAUAUCGCUGCAUGAAGUGCCUAAAUUUUGACCUUUGCCAAGCCUGCUUCUUCACUGGGCGUCUCAGCAAACCCCACAAAAAAUCACACCCUGUAACUGAGCACUGUGUGCAGAUGUCAGCAAAGGAGAACGCAAAGCUCUUUCUCCGCACUGUCAGAAACAAUCUGUUUCAAGAGCGCUGCAGAAGAAAGGAGGCCCAGAGAAGAAAAGCCUUGGAAAUGCUGCAGGCAGGGGAUCUCCUAGCACCUGAGCCAGUCCUGUGA